AUGGGAGGAAGGAAGAUGGCACGAGAUGAAGAAAACACCUAUGGUUGGGAAGAGCCCACGCAGGAGCCCCGGCUGCGGCUCAUCCUGGUGGGGAAGACAGGGGUCGGGAAGAGCGCCACCUGGAACAGCAUCCUGCGCCAGAAGCGCUUCCUCUCCAAGCUGGGAGCCACUUCGGUGACCAGAACCUGCGAGGCGGAGAACCACCCAUGGGACAGGUGGCAUGUAGAAGUGAUGGACACCCCGGACCUUUUCAGCUCCCAAGUCUCCAAGACAGACAUGGGGUGUGAGGAAUGGGCCCACUGCUACGUGCUGUGGGCUCCCGGGCCCCCAGCCCUGCUCCUGGUGACUCAGCUGGGCUGCUUCACUGCGCAGGACCAGCAGGCCAUGUACACACUCAAGGACCUGCUCCCGAAUGAUGUGCUGGGGCUCACCAUCCUGUUGUUCACGCAUAAGAAGGACCUGGCCGGGGGGUCCCUGCAGGAGUUUGUGUGUGACACAGACAACCGCGAGCUGCGAGCACUGGUGGCCCAGUGCAGGGGCCGCAUUUGUGCCUUUGACAACCAGGCUGCGGGAGGGGAGCAGGAGGCCCAGGUGCAGGAGCUGCUGGCGCUGGUGGAGCACCUGGUUCAGGACCAUGAGGCCGUCCCCUACUCCAAUGACGUGUGCCGCCUGCUGCAGGAGCUGGCCUUCAGGACCCCGAAGGAGCGGCAGUUAAGGGUGGCAGAGGCACUGGCCAGCCACAAGCAGGGGUGGCGGGGAUGCUGGCUGCUAGGUUGGCUGCCCAAGUGGAUGGCGACAAGGAAGCUGCCUAUGGCCUUGUUGCUGGGCAGCCUGCUCCUGGCUCACUGA